AACCCAUUGCUAAGGGUGUCAAGUGGAGUUGGAUUAUGGAUUUGAAUACUAUAAUCUCUUAGCAAAAACACCAACUUCAAUAUUGGAAACUUCGUAGAAAACAAAGACAAAGCAAACAACUUAUUAGUACAAGUUACUGCUACCACUACACACAACACCUCCUCUCCACAUUUUGAUUUUCUGAGAAGAAACAGAUUUAUCCAACACAAACGUUGUUGUUCUUCGCGAUGUUUCUUCUUCUACUUUUUCCUACACUCAAGCGUCUCAGCCGCCGGAAUUUCCUCACCGCCGCCGCCGCCGUCAUUCUGCUACUCUUCCCGGCAGCAAGCUCCGCCGCACCCUUGACUCACGUUCUGGGUCCCUUCAACCUCACCAACUUCAACUUAUUCAACGUGGUGUCCAACGCGACGGUCAACCAAGGCGCACUCCAGAUCACGCCGGACACCGCCGGCAGCAACUCGGUGGUCAGCCUCCCCAACAACUCCGGCAGAGUGCUCUUGAAGGAACCGUUCACUCUCUGGGAAGAUGGCAAAAACGGGAAGCUCGCUUCCUUCAACACUUCCUUCCUCAUCAACAUCUUCCGCGUCAACAAUGCCACUCCCGGCGAAGGCCUCGCCUUCCUCAUCGCCCCUGACACCACCAUCCCUGCCAACAGCUACGGCCGUUACCUCGGCCUCACCAACGCCUCCACCGACGGAAACUCCUCCAACCGCUUCAUCGCCGUCGAGCUCGACACCGUGAAGCAGAGGUUCGACCCCGACGAUAACCACCUCGGGCUUGACAUCAACAGCGUCGUCUCCAACAUCACCGUCCCCCUGACCCCGCUCGGUUUCCAGAUCGCUCCAAACGGGACUCAAUUCUUCGUAGUCUGGAUCCAAUACGACGGUGGCCGGAGGCGGAUUGAAGUCUACAUGGCGGAGCAGCCGUCGCCGUAUGUUCCGGUGGUGGCGAAGCCGUUAAAGCCGUUGUUGAAUUCGACUCUUGAUCUGAAAGCUAUAGUGAACCAGAAAUCCUACUUCGGAUUCUCUGCUUCAACAGGGGUCACCAUUGAAUUGAACUGUGUACUGAGAUGGAACGUUUCGAUUGAUGAUUUCAAAAAGAGUGAUGGUGGAAACGGGUUGAAAAUCGGUUUGGGUGUUGGGUUAGGUUUAGGGUUUGUGAUUGUGGCGGUUAUUGGUGGAUUACUGUGGUGGAUUAGGUUGAAGAAGAAGAGGGAAGAUGGGUCUAAUUCUCAGAUUCUGGGGACUCUGAAGAGUCUUCCGGGGACGCCGAGAGAGUUCAGUUAUGUCGAAUUGAAGAAGGCGACGAACAAUUUCGACGAGAAGCAUAAGCUUGGACAAGGCGGUUAUGGCGUUGUUUACCGAGGAAUGUUGCCGAAGGAGAAGCUGGAAGUCGCGGUGAAGAUGUUUUCCAGGGAUAAGAUGAAGAGUACUGAUGAUUUCUUGUCUGAACUCAUCAUCAUCAAUCGUCUCCGGCAUAAGCAUUUAGUCCGGUUACAAGGGUGGUGUCACAAAAAUGGUGUAUUGCUCUUAGUGUACGAUUACAUGCCCAAUGGAAGCUUGGACAGCCACAUUUUCUGUGAGGAAGGAGGGACCAUCACGACCCCGCUAAGCUGGCCCUUAAGGUACAAGAUCAUAUCAGGGGUGGCUUCUGCAUUAAACUACCUGCACAAUGAGUAUGAUCAGAAAGUGGUCCACAGGGACCUCAAGGCCAGCAACAUCAUGCUGGAUUCCGAAUUCAACGCAAAAUUAGGCGACUUCGGCUUGGCCCGAGCACUCGAGAAUGAGAAAAUCUCAUACACAGAGCUCGAAGGUGUGCACGGCACCAUGGGAUACAUUGCGCCUGAGUGCUUCCACACAGGAAAAGCAACAAGGGAGUCAGACGUUUAUGGCUUCGGAGCUGUGCUCUUAGAAGUAGCAUGUGGUCAGAGGCCAUGGACAAAGAUUGAAGGGUACCAGUUUCUGGUGGAUUGGGUGUGGCACUUGCACCGCGAAGGAAGGAUAUUGGAGGCGGUGGAUCCAAGACUUGGGGAUGAGUAUGAUGCGGAAGAGGCAGAGAGGAUAUUGAAAUUAGGGCUAGCAUGCUCUCAUCCUAUGGCUGGUGAUAGACCUCAAAUGCAAGCAAUUGUUCAGAUCUUAUCUGGGUCAGUGCCUGUGCCUCAUGUCCCUCCAUUCAAGCCAUCUUUUGUGUGGCCUGCUGUGGAUCUUGCGAGCCUUGCAAGUACCUUUACUACAAUGACUACUGAGUACACACCUAUGAAAGGUGACACACAAUCUUCUUCAGGGCAUGUUGAGUACUUUGGCGACAGCUCUCCAGUCUAAUAGCGUGUUUGGAUCAACUUUACUUUCUUUGAAAUCAAUUCUGAAAUUCAUAAGCUACUCACAUCAGCCUUUUCCUAGAACUGAUCCUGAUUUGAAAUCAAUUGUGCAAGAAUUUCCAAACACGCACUAAGAUUUCUUUUGCCAGCCUGCCUUUCCACCACUCAUUCCAAUUCAUUUUCUUCUAAAGGGAAACUUCUUUUUGUUUCUUUUCUGUCUGCAUCUUGGCCUGCCCUUCUCUUCUCCCAGUUAAAUUUUCUUCCUCCCAAGAACUGGAAGAAAUUUUCUGUAGACUUUUUACCUUUUUUUUCAAUUUUAAUUUGACUUGAUUUAUAAGUAUAGAUUUUGUUUUCUUCAAAUUUUUAUUGGAAAGAAAUGGAAUCAGUGUGUCUAUGUAUAAAUUUUGACGAAAUAUGUAAGUUUCAUCUUUGUGUUUGCA